GAUAUGCUACAGCCACCUCUUAUGUGUUAAUAAAUGGAUAAAGCAGCUUAUUCUCAAUUCUGGUUUGAACAAGUAACCUCAAUUUUCAUAGGAGCUAGGCAUUAAAUUAAAACUUUUUUUUUUUAAAUAAUGCUAUCACUUGUAAGACUAGUAAGACCCAAUUUUGUCAUUAAUGACAUUGUUUCCUUCAUAAUUUUGUUGCUCCCAAAAUUACUAAUCUAAUGAUAACGACCAACCUAAUCGCACAUGAAAUUGUACUGAUCAAAAGGUGAUUUUGUUGUAUUUCAUUUUUUUUUUUAAAACAUGUGAUAAAUUUAUUCAUUCAUCUUCAGUAGCUUUAUCCUUGUCAGGGUCACAGUGAAUUCAGAGCCCAUCUUGACACAGUAGGCACAAAGCAGGAAUACACCCUGGCUGGGAUGUCAGUCCACUGUAGUUCCUGAUCUCUGGGCCCUUGUAUUUAACAAUAUGGUGCGUCAACAGAGCAAGGCCACACCAAUUCCAAAUUUUAAUGCUAUUAGAGACAAAUUUUCCAUUUUGCAUGAGCCCCCUGCAUGCCUACCCCUAAUAUAUGGGAUUAAUAGCUGUGUGACAUAUGACAAACACAUGAACUGUGCCCCAUUAAUUAGAAAAUCUAGUAAAUACCACAAGUGUUCUUCAGAUCAGCACAGGUUUGUGAUUCCUUUUGAAUUGCAAGUGAGUCUUUAUUCAGGAAGUGACUCAGAAACUGCCACUCUGCUAAUUUAGAAGGCAGCAUGUCUCUUCUAUUCAACAACCAGGUCAGAUUCAUCUCUCUGUGCAAGAUGCCAGCAGGCAGACUGUAAUGCACAUUGUGCCACACAACACAGAGUGGUAAGCUUCUGUCCAGUCCACAGAGAGAGUGUGUAAGCAAAUUCAACCCUGUUGUUCUUAAUAUGUUGAAGGUAUUUAUGAUUUUAUGAAGAUUAAUUAUGAAAGAUAUUGUGAUACCCUAAAGAUUUUCACUUCCCAGAAACAGUUUAUCCCCAUCCCUCAUCCUUGCUUCAGUGGAUAAUCUCACCUGCAUACUGCGGACUUGUAUCUAGAAACUGCUGCUGUAAUCAUAGAGUGUGAUGGUGGUACUGAUCACCACACUCUUAAUGCGGUUUGACUUUAUAUUAUAUAGUUGUGUAAGAGUAAUGAUUUAUAAUCCCACUAUCUGGUGUCCUACAGAAGAGGGGGGAUUCCCUUUUGACUCUUGUUCCUCUCAAGGUUUCUUCUUCAUGUAGUCUCAGGGAGUGGUCCUUGCCACCAUCAUGUAUAGCUUUCUCAUUAAGGAUCUAAAGCUACAUUUGGAUUUCUGUAAAGCUGCUUUGUGGCAAUGUCUAUUUUUAAGAGUGCUAUACAAUUAAAACUGAUUUGUACAAAAAAACAAAUUUGUUUCAAGCCUUUAGUCAAUGAGACUGAAAGUGAACUUUGAAAAAAACGUGUUUCCGCCCGGUUUCAAACCGGGGACCUGUAAGGUGAAUGUGAUAACCACUGCACUACGGAAACUUAUAUACAAUGACCCUCUCCCUUCCGAGUACAGAAUGUUCAUUGUCCACCACACAACCUGUAGUACAAUAAGUAGCAUGUAGUCUCUCUCUUAAUGUCUACUUGAGAGCAGCAGUUGUAGUAGCACUCUUUCAGUGCUCUAUUUAAGAUUGUAAAUGUUUCCCCCUGUCAGUGGUAUGGAGUUAGCUCACAGUAACAAGGGGAAGGAAGUUUUAUUGUAUUAAUAUAAAAUGUUUGAUUUUAUCAUGUCCCAAUAUACCUGAGAGUCUCUGGAAACGAUGAAAUUCUGCGAACUCUUCCUCUUUUUAAGGGUUGGCUUCAGAAAACGAGCAACUGAAAUGAAGAGGCAAAGAAAAUGCCGAAACCCGGGAUCGAACCAGGGACCUUUAGAUCUUCAGUCUAACGCUCUCCCAACUGAGCUAUUUCGGCUUCCGUAAGAUAUACCUUACUCAGAUGUACAUGAGGCCAUUAGUUAAGAUUGUUGCCGGUCCUUAAUUUUACUUAUUUUUACUUAUAACAAAUUCUAUUAUGGUGACUUUCUCUCCCCCUGUCUCCUUUGUUCCCCCUUGUCACACCAGAGAUGAUGUAAGUAAAUGUACUACUGAUGUACAAUAGAUGGCUUAGCAUGCCUACGUGGCACUUAGUAACAUAAAGACAGCUAUCGACACUUUUUAAUAAUGUUCACUCUGAAGCUGAAUAAGAGCUUUAGCACUCAUAGCCAUAAAUGUAAAAUAUAUUUUAAUCGCCAAACAUCUGCGUCGUUUGCUGUUAGUGAUCUGACUAUUUCGUGAACGUGUCACUAUUAUUGUCAACAACAAAGAGAAAACGAAAUACAUUAAUGAUUUUCCUAUUUUAUUAAGAACUAGUUUAUUUUAUAGUUUCAACUCUGCUUGCUCCUACCUUGCUCACUUCUCAAGCUGCGAAAAAAGUCACGAAAUUAAAUUCUGAGAAACAAGGAAAUAGCAAUAAUGUUAUUAUAUAUAUAUAACAAUAUAUUAUUACACACAUGGUGCGUUAAUAAAAAGCAAAGCUCGAUUUGUUUAAUCAAACGUUUACUCACACACAACAGAAAGGUAGAGCUAAAAUCUUUUAACGCUUCCCUGUGGAGUCUUUUCACUGAUUCGAGUCAUUUGAGAUCACUCAUCUAAAAGAUUCACUCAGACUCGUUUACUGACUCGGUUCGAUUUCCGGUUUGCCCAAACUGAAAACAGCAGAGUACCAUCAUCUAUAUCAUCUUGUUAAUCUUCAUAAAGUCCUCGAUAAACUCCUAAACUCCAUACAAUUAAAUUAAAUUAAAUUAAAUUGAAAUCAUUCAUAAGAGUUCAUGUAAAAAAAAAAAAGAAAAAAAAAACAUGUUCGUAUUUGACAGAUAUAAAUUAAUGUUCCAUUGAUUUGCACAUCUUGCUAGUUUGUGUGCCAUAGUGUUAUUGUUGCACCUAGUGGUCAAAAAUGGGAACUGCAAGAAGCGCUAAUAGAGACCCAUUGGGGUGUGAAUCAUGCUGCCCCAUGCUCGCUCUCUGUGAUCAUUUUCAGUGGAGGGCGAGCAGCGGACAGAACAGUUAAUAACAGGGUCACCAAUUUGGGCUAGUUUAAAAAUACUCUGUAGCCACCAAGAUCUUGUUUAUUACAAAUAAUCAGAAUUAAAUCUAAUAAAUUUCUGCAAACGAGGGCAUAGUGUAAGUGCAGAUGAUGUGUCUAUGAUGUACAGAACCAUUUCUUUUGUAUGGUAUAUUGCAAAGAUUGGGAGAGGGAAAGGAGUGGAUAAUAUCUGUGCAUUAGAAAUGCGUGGGCACCAUGCUGACCUAGCAUUUGUGUAUGUAUUUAAUUUGUCAUAAUUAUAUUUAGUAGUCUACUGGAAGCUGAAGAAUCUUAAUUUUUAAUUUAAUUUAGCUUUACUUAACUAGCUAUCUGUAGUAUACUGUAGAUUUUAGAACACACCCUGUUGUAGGACUUUUUUUUCUGUCUCAUUGUAUUAAUGUAUCGCAAGAUGGAAGAAAAGUCAACUGCAUUAGAUACAACAUUAGCUAGCUAGUUAGCUGGCUAUCUGUUGUAGCUUACUGUAAUGUUAGAGGCUAACUAAUAGCAACAACUACAAAAAGGAAAGUUGUGUAAGUUAUAUAAAUUACUUUCUGCCUAGUUUGACACAAAAUUCUGGAAUGAAUGAAUUAAUUAAUUAUAUGGCCUCAUAUCAUUAUAGUCAAAACUUUUUAUUAUUAACCUUUAGAAGUUGCACAUUAAUUUUGCCACUUUGGCAUUUUGGCAAAUGAUUCAGGAGUUUCCUAUAGAGCCAAUGUAAAUAAAUAGUUAACUGUCAGUUAGUGGGGAAAAAAGAGGCUGAUUAUUUUUUCAGACUCAAAAAGAAAUUCUAGCGGCAAAACCUGAUAGAUUUUCAUACGUAAUAACGCAAUGUAAUGUUUUUUUCUUGUGUCACUAUGAUAAUAUAAUUGAAAGAAACGAGAUGAAAACGAGUGUUUCCGCCCGGUUUCGAACCGGGGACCUUUCGCGCGGGAGCCGAAUAUAGUUAAUCUUAACUUCCCUUAACUUUUCCCAUUCAUUUUCAAUGGUAGUUCUUAUCACUACGGAUGUAAUAUAUUUUUGGCCACACGUUGAUUCCAUGGCGCUGUAGCGGAGAUGCACCAAAAGCCGGUUUGGCACCCCGCGAUAAAACCCCAAAAAAAUAAAGGAGAAAGGAAGAUUCCAUAGCGCUGUUCCGAGAUUUGUUUUGUUUUUAAAACAUACAUUUUGAAUUGCCUCAGCUGUCUACCAUCCAGACGUCGGGUGACCCCGGGUAACCUCCGUCAUUUCAACUGAAAAAGCGCGAUUUAUCGAAAAGAAAAAUGGUACAAAACAUCAAUAUAUUAUGAAUAUCAUUUGAAUGGUUUGUAAAGAUAACUGUAGGAUCAAUGCAGAAACAUUAUGAUGAGUUUGUAAUCCAAACUGAGUGACAAAUUUAUCAUGUCUAUUGUUUGUUCAGUAGUCAAACACAAAGUAAAAUAAGGUCUUUUGGCAAAAAGUCAGCACAUCACACAAUUCGAUUAGAUUAGAUUAGAUUUGACCAGAUGUGUAUCUUUUCAAUAGUUGUAGAAUUGAAUGUUAGGUCGUCUUUAACAUGAAAUUUAUCUAGUCAUUCUUAAAGAAUCGAUUACCCUAUUUUUAACUUUACAGAACAUUAUGCAUAGCUAUGUAAAUGCUUUAUGUAUUUAUUUAUGUCAGUUGUUCAUAUCUAUGGGUACUACUCAGGCUAUCAGCAUGAAGCAAGCUAUUUUUUUCCCUGGGAGAAUCAAAGUGUCCUUCAGGAGAGGCCCAUCGGGUCAUUUACGUCGGGACCCAUCUGAAGAGGCGAGAAGGAUUAAAGACAAUCCUUCUUUGCAAGACAAGUCGACACCUCAAAGAGAAGAUGUGGUCAGGAACAAUGCCCGUUCCGUUGUAUUACAGAGGGGAGGGGAUGUUUCAGACAAGCAAGAAGUGUUAGGAGAAUACAUUCUUCAGUUUGGGAAGUACAAAGGGAAGUCCUUCCGGUGGCUAUUGGAGAAUGAUAUUGGCUACACUUUGUACUUGUCCAGUAAGGUUGAGGAGGAAGAACGGGCUGGACAGUUCAACCCAGAGGGUCCUUGCAAGGAUAGCCUCCUUUCCUUUCUUGAAUACUCAAGAAGCUUUAAGGAAAUUGAGGAUCUCCGGCGAUACCUUUCAGAGAGGCCAGACCCAGUACCAGUUUUGUCAGAGGAUGACAAUGUUGUUGGAUUUGGGGCACGAGCACAAGACACCUGGAGGAAGAUCUGGAAUACCAGAGCUGAUGGGUAUGCUGCCUUUAUAAUGGGGAAGAGCUGUGUUCCAGGAAGUAAAAUGUACCGCUUGCAGCAAUAUCUUUUAAAGCAGCAAAGACAGGUGACCACAGCCCCUUCUGCUACACCUUCACCCUCACCAUCAACUCCCUCUGCACCUUCCACUUCAUGCCUUUCCUCUGAUCAUCCAGUAAUGGAGGAGGAUGAGGAACUGGAGAAGAUGAUGCUGAGUCUGUCUCCACCCAAAUGUCCUACACAGCAGAGGUCACCCACAGCCACUGCGUGUCCAGUCUUCUCUGCAGCAGGAGGUUAUUUUCCACAUCAGUUUUGGAGGCUUAUCCUAUUACCCACAGUUUUUUCCUCCAUAACUGUUUUUAAUACAUUUGUUUAUUGUUUUGGCAGUGUUCUUGCCUGUUCUAAAAAUUGCGUUCUUUUGUUCUACUAACUAAUGUUAAAGGUUGAACAUACCGGUGAUGAGGGUGAGUGCACUUCAUGAAUUUUAUGCAUGCUAUUUAAUAUGUGUGUAGUAUCUCCUCAAAAUUGUGCUUUACCUGUUUUUUUUUUAAGAGUACACUUUCAAAUUAGGAUCAAUUGGUGAUAAUUUUAAGUGUUUAAAUAGUCAGUACAUCUCAAUCAUAUAAGUGAACAUUAUAAGAACUUGCUUCAAUGGAAUGUUUAAAUAAAUAUUCUAUUGAUACAAGUUCUAACUGACAGAAAAGACAGGUAAAGAUGUCUCCUACAUGUCAUUUACAUGAAUGUUUUGUUAAUUUUUAACUUGUUGGUCCAUGCAGUUCUGCCACAGCCACCAUCAAGACCACAUGCGGUCUGCCAUCCUCACACACCACCACCUCCUGUGCCUAGCACUUCCUCUCAGUGCAAAUCCCCUGCAUCACUGCCCCGAGUACCACCACCAGCUGUGCAGUCAGUACCCGCAGCACCUCUACCAGCUGCUCAGUCAGUACCUGCACCAGUGCCCUCCACACAGACAGGAGUCCCUGUGUCCAGUGACAUGCAAGAUAUUAGCCGCUGGAACUGCUCCUGCCAUCAAAAAAUCUGGAUGAAAACAGAGAUGGAAGCCCUGGGGCUCUGGCCAGGAUCACGACCGGUGAGACAGCCUAUGAACAUGGUUUCCUUGUGGCGUUAUCCUCCUCAGCCUGAGCUUGUAGAAACCAACACAGGCCUGCCAUCACCAAAAUACUUUCAGCUCCAUCCCUUCUUUAUCUGGAAACCGGAGCACAGUAUAAUGCAAAGGCUAAGAAACAACUACAUCCUGCCUUGUCUCUACAGCUGUCCAAACCCUCAGGUUGUUUCCUCUGGUGUGGGAAGGCCCAGAGUGAUUCUUGGUACCAGCGGGCAAUAUUACAUCCUUUCCUCUCGACUGAGCUGUAAAGCAUGUAAAAAAUACUGGUUCGCUGAUAAACCCCAGUGGCUAGACAUGCUGCCAAAGCGGUUCUGUAACGUCUUGCCAGCCUUCCUCACCCAUAAGAAGGCCAUCUGUAAAACAGUGAUGGAUGAACUGCGGCGCUCUGGUAAAUCACCUAAUGAUAUGGCCAACCAGCUGUCUGAGGUGCUUCACCUGAAGUACGAAAGAGCCCACCUAGCCUACCUGCUCAGCGUGCAGAACAUCAGGGAUGCUGAGGCAGGGCUGUAUGGACAGAUGACCAUCACUGGGGCACUGAGGACGGAUGACACACCAGCACCGUUUGGGGGUUAUGAGGACACUGAUGGGUGGCGUGGGGUGUCUGUGACUGCACACUAUCUUGUGGAGUGCCUUCUUCAAGAAUAUCAGCGGCAGGAGGCAGCUCUCACUCAGGUCCUACAAGGCACUUUUGGACAGGUGUUCAGGUCUGAUCACACACGCAAAGUUGCUAGAAAAGUGACGCUCGCAUCUGGUACAAUGUCAUCCUAUGCUGUGAUGAAUGAGAACUGGAUGAUCCUGUCCUGGGUGAUGCUGCAGUCUGAGAGUGAGCAGUCAUUAGAGUCAAUGUACUGUGGGCUGGCCAGUCGCUAUAGUGCUGCUGCUAUCCCCAAGGCCAAGUACCAGUGGGUGGACAGGGACUGCUGUGCUGCUUUUAGAGUCAUGGACCCAGCACCUUAUGAGCACCUGCAGUGGGAUGCCUGGAGGACCACUGAAGCCAUCGUGGCAGAGGUUACCGCAGGGAACCUCAGGAAUUUAUGUGCCUCUUGUCUGAAGUACAAUGAGGACAUCAUUGUAAAGCUGGACUUGUUUCACUGCAUGCGGCGGUUCACCAGGGAGUGUGUGUCAGAACACCAUCCUCUGUAUAGCUCUUUCUGCCAUUUCCUCUCUGCUGCCUUCUCUGUAGUGGAUCAGAGUGACCUGGAGAAACUGAAAAAUGCAUACAGAUUCUGUGGUAUUGAGCCUGCUAAUCCCACCAAGCAGCAUAUCAGAGAGCACUGCAGGACAAAAGUUCCACAUCCCAGAGAGCUGGUCCAGAGGGUGGAAGAGGUGCUUCAACAUUUCCAUCUAGCAAAGGAUCCCAACAACAUCCUCCUUUUUAAACCCUCAAUGCUAAAGGUCUGGUGGAUUCAGCGUGUACACAUCCUUAGGGGCUGCCUGAGUGACCCUGAGGUGGAGGAAGGAAUCCUCUACAGACAUGGGGGGAUGUUACAGCUCAAUCAUGUAAAGGGUGAAGGAGCUGCUGUGCCCAUUUGGAUCCCUGUCAGAGGCACCUCACAGCAGGAGGGGUUUCAUUUCCACCAAGCUCAGUGGGUAACAGGCAAUCGUGUCUCUCCUGAACUGUUCCAGGCACAGGGAAUGACUGGGGUGGCACGCUGGAAUUAUCAGCGGCUGGUGGACCUGAAGCAGCCGGGGGUUGUCCUACCUGCAGUGUUUGACCCUGUGUUACUGAUGGAGUUAAACAGGGCCUCUGUGAGAGUGACAGGGCAGCCCAAAUAUCCAGCCUUGCACAUCUCCAGCAGGGACACAGGGGAGAAGUUUGGCCUACAGUAUGUGGAGCCAGGCUGCCGACCAGUGCCUCUUGACUUUGACAAACAUAAGUGCAAGAAGUCCACCCUAGGAGAUGUGGAGAUUGAAGAGGAGUCUUCAUCUGGCUUUGAGUCAUCAAUUCCAUCUAAGGAAUGGUUAGAUGAUUCCUCUUCUGCUGAGACCCCUCUUGCUGCAGAGCCAGAAACCACCCCACAGAUUGUCUCGUUUCACCGAUUUUCCACUCCAAGUCCUGUGACAGUAAAGGAACAAAGGUCUGAGGAAUUUCUGUCAGAUGCAGAACUGCUCAGGACACCACCACUGCCUAUAGCUGCUUCUCCCCGUGCAGCUCGCACUGGACCCAUUAAGACAGGUGGUCGAGUCUUUGUCUUGGACCACAACAGAUGGACGGACCCAAUGAGAAAUGCCAUCGAUGGUCUCCUGGCCAAGCACCAUGGGAGCAAGGAUCUCCUUAAAAGGGUGGAUGCUGAUUAUGCUGCUAUGGUACAGAGUGCCUGCACUGACCCCAACAGCCUUCUGCACUCAACCACGAAACAGCACAUAAACAGGUACAUAAAAUACCUUGCUAAAAAAAAAAACACAAAUGCCUCUCUCAACACCAGCCCAGAAAAGCUCCUAGAGACACAACAGUUAUGGAAGCGUCUUCACUCAGGCAGCGAAACCAUCAGUGUCCCAGUGACAGUACUGCCACCUGCUCCGUUCAAUCCACCUGCAAAGAGUGUUCCUGAAGACGUUCCUCUGACCCAGGCAGCAGUUGAGAAGAUGGUUAAAGACAUCCUAGAGAAGCACCAGGCAGCACUGCAGCAACAACAGCAGACACAAAAAAAAGCCCAAAUUAGAUCCUGUUUAGCUUGUGGUCAGCCAAAGUCUCGUUACCUGGGUGAUGGCUCCUCUGUGCAUUUCUUUUAUCAGGCUGGUGAAGUGAAAUACUUCUACUGCUCCAAGAAAGUCUUUGACACAUACUCUGCUGAGGGCCUGACCAACCCCCGGAUGCCAUUUGAAGAUUUUGCAGACACUCCCUUCUUUCAGCGGGAGCUGGAGGCCUCUAAGCAGAGGGGGGCAGAGAGGAAGAGGGUGAUUGAAGAGAGAGGCAAGAGGAAAUCAUUAGUGGAGCAUCCUUCUGGUCGUCUGUGCAGGUUCUGCCACCAGCCGCUAAAACAAGGUCCAAAUAGUCCUCAUAUCCACACUGGUUUCCCUGGAGUGGCAGGCAAAUACAUUUACUGUCCUGCUAAAGUGCUCUCCCUGUAUCAGGCGCAGGGAACGAAUGCACAGAUGACAUGGACAGAGUUUCAGCAGUCCCCGUUCUAUGAGGCUGAGAGGCAGAGGUGGAUUGUUGAAAAGAAAAAAUAACUUUGUUGUGAAACACAGCAUUUAAGGUCUGUGCAUGUUCUGUGCUCUCUCUUUCUCUCUCUCUUGACCAUUGUGGAAUUGUGUAUAGACAUCAUAAGUUAUUUGUCUUGUGUAUUUAUAAAUGUGUUUUAUAUUGCUUGUAUUUGUACAUUUUUUAAAAACUCUUAGUCCUUAUUUACAAUACAUUUUCAACACCUUACUAUAACACACUAUGUAUAUAUUCUUUAGAUAGUUAUUUUAAUUUUGACAAACUGUGAAUUUCAUUCUCCUUUAACAGAUAAUUUUACACAUUGAAAGUGUAUAAAAAUAGUAAAUGUUGAAAAUGCCUCUUUAAAAAGGUUACAUAUUAUAACUAUGUAACAUACAAUACAAUAAAAUAUACUAAAACAUGAUCAAAACAUUAAAAUGUUGUAUGGUGUUUUCAUUUUUAAUAUAAAUAUCUAAAUAUCUGAAACCCAUAUGAGGAUGGGUUCUCUGUUGAGCCUGGUUCCUCUCAAGGUUUCUUCCUAUCACCAUCUCAGGGAGUUUUUCCUUGCCACCGUCGCCCUGCUUGCUCAUCAGAGACGGCACACACACACACUUCACUUUACUUUUGUUUGUGUAAAGCUGCUUUGAGACAAUGACCUUUGUAAAAAGCGCUAUACAAAUAAAAAUGAAUUGAAUUGAAUUGAAACAUUUACUAAUGACGAUGUCCCCAUCGAUAAUUGUUUAUUAAUGAUCAUUUUUACAUUUUGCACACCUUACACAAAGAAAACUCUUAGCAAAUGACUUAUUUUUGUACUUCAUAUUAUUUUAAUAUGUUUAUCAUAUUUUAGGGACUCUACAUUAAAAAGAAGUGAAAAUCACUUUUUGGCUAAGGUGGGAUUCGAACCGCUGUUUUUAUGGGGAGG